GUUUUUUAAAAACCGGACAUCUCUUCUGUGAGGAUCUCGGCUGUGCUGGCAGGAUCCUCUCGCCUCUUUGGAAAGGAUGAGCUCAUGCAGCAGCAGGGCUCUCACUCUGCUCUCCACCGUGUUUGGGGCGUGCGGACUGCUGUUGGUUGGGGUUGCCGUGGCAACCGAUUAUUGGCUGCUAAUGGAGGAGGGCAUCGUGCUGCAGCAGAACCAAACCAUAGACGUCAAGAUGGCGCUGCACUCCGGCCUCUGGAGGGUGUGCUUUAUAGCAGGUUCAGAGAAAGGAAAAUGCGUGGCCUCUGAAUAUUUCACCGAGCCAGAGAUAGAGAUCACAACAGAAAACACGGCAAAUAUUCUUAAAAUGGUGCGGACAGCUACUCCUUUCCCCAUGGUGUCUUUGCUCUUUGUGUUCACUGCCUUCAUCCUUAGCAACGUGGGCCAUAUUCGCCCGCAGCGCACCAUCUUGGCAUUUGUUUCCGGAAUCUUCUUCAUCCUGUCAGGUCUGAGUCUGGUGGUGGGAUUAGUGCUCUAUAUCUCCAGUAUAAACGAUGAGGUGAUGAACCGGCCUAGAGAACCGGAGCACUUCUUUAACUAUCACUAUGGCUGGUCCUUUGCGUUUGCUGCCAGCUCGUUCCUCCUCAAAGAGGGUGCUGGUGUGAUGUCUGUGUAUCUCUUCAUGAAGCGGUACACUGAAGAGGAGAUGUAUCGGCCUCACCCAGCGCUCUACCGCCCUCGUCUGUCUGAAAGCAGCGAUUACAGCGGUCAAUUCCUGCAGCCUGAUGCUUGGCCACCUCACCAGCGUGCUCGCAGUGCCUCUGAGCUCUCCAGCGACGUGUCCAUUCAGCUAGCACAGUCCCAGCAGCCUCCAGCAAAACUCAUCGCUCAGCACAGCGUGUCAGCCCCCAGUGCCACCGCUGCCUCCAGCCCAGAGUCUGCAGCUGUGUUCCAGCUUCAGUCACCCUCACACUUCAGCCACAACCACCCUCUCCACCCCACAGAGUCCCAGCCCCUGCCCCUGUCCAUGCCACCACCUGCUGUGCCACCCCCUCAUUACCACGCACACAUGCGCAUGAGCGCCUCGCCAUGUUAGAGGGGUUUUCAUCCACCUGAAUUUUUACAAAUUUUGAAUUUAAGCAUAAAUGGAAACAAAAUACUGAUUCACAUUUUCUUUAGCUGAUUUUCUGAAAAUUUGCUUAACAUUUGCAAAACAAAGUGAGAUGAAAACAAAGAGAGAGAGCGAGAGAGAGAAAGAGAGCGAGAGAGAUUAUCCACAGAUUAUGUGUCAUGGUUUGAGAGAACAUCACAGGAGAAUUUUGUGACUAGUGUGCAAUAAGCUAGGUUAAGACAUAUAUCUUUAAAAAAAAUAAUAAUAAUAAGAUUUGAACGUUAUAAUGAAAUAGUAAACAGUUUCAUAACUGGGUGUUAUACAGGGAGAUUUAUUGCACAAGCAAUGUACACUGCAAAACAUUUCCAUUAUAACACACAUUGUUGUAUACUUAAAUAUGUAGUGCACAAAGACAAUAAAUAUUGCCUUCAGUUCUAUUAGUGAUAUUGAAAAUGUAUUCUUUUCAUCACUCUCUCUCUCUCAAACUAUCAGUAUUAGCGUUAUUAUCAUGAAGACAUAUUUAAGCUUACUUGUUGCCAGGGAAAAUAUGUAAAAUAGGUAUAUUAUUUCUACUUUGAAUAUGAGAUACUCCAGACUGAUGAUUUUUAUGAUGUAAAUAAUAUGUGUCAUUUUAACUGGUAUGGGAAAAUAUUACAAGAUGCACAGCUGAGAAGGGGAACUGUUAUAUGCAUUGAAAAUUAAAAGUGACUGGAAAAAAACCUUUGCUUAAAGUCCCAGUAAGGGCUUUUUGAGUAUUGGUUCUUUUGCUGGCUUUUCAAUUUAAAUAUGUUUUUUUUUCACCAAUUUUAUUGCAGCUUAGUAGUUGAAGCCAUCUUACAUUCAUAUUUGUCCCUUAAUAUAAGCAUCUCAUUCAAACUGCACUUUAGAUUAAAAUCCUACUUGGGACUUUAAGAGUAGGUUUAUACUGCAAGUGUGCUGUUGCUUAUC